CAAGGACAUAAUAAUUAUAAUAAAUGAAAAAAUCAAUAAACAAUAUAAACAUUUAAGGCAUGGUAUAAAACAAGACUGAAUAAACUAAAAUAUUGUAAAUAAACAAACAAUUAUAUUUUUGUAAUAAGCACAAUCUGAUCUCCCAUUAUACAUUCACAUAGAAUAUUUAAGACAUCCUCUAAAUAUCAAUCAGAAAAAGAAAUUAAUACAUUAUUCAGCAAUAAUUUUGAUCAUCAGCUCAUUGUCACUUUUUAAGCACUUCUCAGCCUAUUUGUUGAGACUUUUUACUGUUUUCUUUUUACAUAUGACUCGUGGACUUCUGAUGAUGCAUAUCAUGAAGGACAUUUUGCUGUAUGUUCUGACACUGAGAAAAUAACCCACAGAUUAACACAUGCAGCUCUGCAUGGCCAACCUUUGAUUUGGUUUUAGCAGGGAGUCUCUGGACCAGUAGAUGGCAGCAAAAUGUCAACCAACUCUCAAAAUGUUGGUUGUAUUUUUUUUCCCCUACCACUGUCCUUUAUCAUUAUUGUAGCAGUGCCCACCAUAAGGCCUGACCUUCACACUGGUAGUUGGUUUCAAAAGCGAUACGUCCUGUGAGUAACAGCUAUGAGAGCAGCUGCCAAGAGCCCGAUCUGCGCAACAUUCAUACCUCACUCAUCAGGGCAAAGACGAUUCCCACUUCACCCUCCUCCUUUCCAACCCAUCAUCAGGAGUACCUGCAAAACGUCGACAGCCCAGCAAGUGUGUGUGUUUGUGUGUGCGUGUGUGUAGGACUCAAUUCACUGUUUCUGAUCUCUGUAGGGACUGAAUGUGUUGUGAUGGCCCCCUGUAGGGGAUGUAUCUAACAUCUGUUUCUCUAUGUGACCAUGUUAAUGGAGUUUGAAGGUUCCUCGAUUCUCUAUGCCUCUAUUGGUUUUUGGUUUUUGUUUUUUUGCAUGUUUUGCUCGGCAUCAUAAAUCACCAAGUCAGACAGGAAAUGGCCCCUCCAGAAAACAAAAAAAAACAAACAAAUAAACAAAAGGACACCCUUCCAGCAGCUGCCACUCAAGUGGGAGGGACUGAGAUUGAAUUCCUGCACGUUGCACAAUGUGCAUAAACGGACGAUGUGGGAAAUCUGGAUUUAUUGGACAUGUUCUGUAUGAGAGGAGAAACCCCUGUUACAUACUGCCCGAGGUCAAAAUCCAGUGUGUUAUGGAUGUCACGAGCCGCCGGUUUUGUCAAGAUUCAAAUGUAUGGAUUCAGGCCAGCUACAGUGUGUAUUAGGAUUCCUCCCAGCUCUGCAGUGCACGAGAGGCUUUCUCUAGCAUGGAUGCUGCUGCUAAAGGCAGGAGGGUGGGUCAAAUUUCCACUGAGCAAAGACAUUUGGACACCUUCCUGUUCAUUAAAACACAGGCCGACUGCAGGUUGGUGGUGAAAAAUGAUCAGCUGGGUCUGUUUGGGUCAGCUGCUGUGGUUUUUUUCCAAAAAGCUUUUGUAAUGUGAAGCCGCGUAUCUGAUUUCAUUAAGGGGACGAGAAUAUCUUGAAACGUGAGCUACUGUGUGUGGCGCUCAUUCGCCUCCAAACCCACAGAGAAAAAAAAAAAAGACCAUAGAUUAUGUAUUAUAGGGGCACUGUGCAGUUUGGGUGAAGAAAUUCGAACUCAGACAUAUUUAUUUUUCCAUUACUGAAUGAACAAGCUGUUCUCAGAGGAAAAUACGGUCCCCAGAUCACUGUUUGAAGCUUUAAAGGUGGCAGGGUCCGCCACAUAUAAACAAAGUAAGGCAGUGUGAAAUUGUGUUGUCCUUUAAGGUCAGUUUGUUUCUUCUGUCUUGCGAUCAAAGACACUGAGUUUGCUUAUUGAGUUUGUGUGAACACUAAAACAUCUGAUUACAAUUUCUUCCCCAAAACUACAUACUGCACCUUUAACAUUCCACCAAGUACUUACAUCUGUUUGCUGUGCAGCUGCUCUUGCCAUGCUUAUUACUCUUAUCUCAAAAUGCGGAGGGUAGCAAAACAAAGCACGCUGGCUGGGAAUGUCAGAUAGAAGACAAGUGCUGCAGGUGCUUUUUAUCUGCACUGAGGGUUUCUUCUUUGUGUGGAGGGGGAGUUGGAAGGGGACCAAUGGGAUGCCGGAGCUACAACAGUGGUACUGUCCAUACGUUAUUAUUUUUUUUCCACCCAGACUGACCUAAUUUACGCUCUGUAGAUCUCACUGGUCCCGUUUUAUGGGGCCAACAUAAGGCUAUUUUUACGCGAAUGGCACUCCCAGCGAAGCACGACCCAGACCGGUUCAGGGUCGUGUCGAGGAGAACGGCCGCGGGUAACACAACUCAAGCCCAUGCGGUCAUCUGCAGCAUCUUCUAAACUACAUUCAGAUUAAAACAUAUGCCAUUCUGAUGGAGGUUUUCACAGUUCGUCGCUUGGCGCACAAGCAGGAGACACCUGGCGUCUCCAACCACGCAGGCGCGCCCCCGGCGUGAAUGCAAAAACCAAAGGUGUGAGAAUGAAAUAUUAAUAAGCUGAACGCGUGUUACCUGCCGUCACGCAGCCACGGAGCUCAGGGUGGGGUGGGGAGGGGAGGUGGAGAGUGCGCCGCGGGUUGAGAGCUUCCCACGUUCACAUUCUCCACCGCGCGUAAUGGCACCGAGCGCUCCUCCCGCUCGCCUCGCGGACCUGGACGCGAUGACCGGAUAACUUUUAACGCUCGCACACGGGCUUUUCCUCGAUGGCAUCUGAUGAAUCCUCCACUCGGAAACAGUAACAGGUCUGCCAAACCUCUCACCUCCCAUGUCACCGGAACGCCUCCAUGGCGAUGUUUAGCAGUGCAGAACAGCUCUGGAACGAGUCAGAGAGUCCCGGGUGGGACGAGAGGAACGCGAGCUCGGAGGCGUCAGGGCAGGAUGAGCGGAACUACUACGCCAUGCUGUACUCCCUGCUCAUCCUGGCCAUCGUGUUCGGGAACGUGCUGGUGUGUCUGGCCGUGCUGAGGGAGCGCUCCCUCCAGACCACCACCAACUACCUGGUGGUCAGCCUGGCUGUGGCCGACCUGCUGGUGGCGUCGCUGGUCAUGCCCUGGGCCGUGUACCUGGAGGUGGUCGGCGGUGCCUGGCUUUUCAGCCGGCUCUACUGUAACAUCUUUGUCACGCUAGAUGUGAUGAUGUGCACCGCCAGUAUCCUCAACCUGUGUGCUAUCAGCAUUGACAGGUACACAGCAGUGGUGAUGCCUGUCUUGUACAACACCACCCAUCGCUCCCGGAAGAGAGUUUUUAUGAUGAUUGCCACCGUGUGGGUCCUGGCCUUCGCUGUAUCCUGUCCUCUGCUGUUUGGUUUCAACACCACAGAUGACCCCUUGGUGUGCUCCAUCUCCAACCCCGACUUUGUCAUCUACUCCUCGGUGGUGUCCUUCUACCUGCCGUUUAUCGUCACUCUGCUGGUCUACAUCCGCAUCUACAUCUUCCUCAGGAUGAGGCGGAAGAGGAUCACCUUUGGACAAGCCAGUGGGAAAGUGCAACCAGGCUCAACUCCACCAUCAGUGGAGACUUGUCUUCAAGAGGAGCCUCCCAAGGUGAAUCAAGACCUGUCACCUAUAAGGAUUAAAGUGCAGAGUGUAGAGCCUUCAGCUCCCUCCAAGCCCAGCCUGCUGUCGGGAUGCCUGUGGCACAAACGCCCAAAGACGGGACCGGUGGAGGACUCUGUGCUGCCCCCGGUGGACAUGCAGAACUGCUGCAGCAUGAGCCAUGCCUCCUGCGGCCGCACCGAGCUAGACUUGGAGCAGGAGCAAGCGGAGGAGAAGGCAGAGGGAAGCAACCAGCUAGAACAGCCUCCUGUAAGGAUGGGCUGCGAGGUGAAGGAUCUGUCCAAUGGACGGACACACACGUCGCUGCGGCCGGUGUAUCAAUCAUACACCAGCAACUCACGAUUCAGGAGCAUGCACGCACGGGAGAAGAAGGCCACUCAGAUGCUGGCCAUCGUGCUCGGGGUGUUUCUCAUCUGCUGGCUGCCUUUCUUUGUGACUCACAUUCUGAACACCCACUGCAGGACAUGCUACGUGCCUCCUGAGCUUUACAGUGCUUUCACCUGGCUGGGGUAUGUCAACAGCGCCCUCAACCCUGUUAUCUACACCACCUUCAACAUCGAGUUCAGACGGGCCUUCAUCAAGAUCCUCAGCUGCUGAGGGAGACAACGUGCCAGGAAAUUAAAAUGAAAAUGAGAUUGUGCACCCAUGCUACAACUCUGUCAUGGUGCAUUUGGUACAUGGUGACCACAGCUGUACACUGGUCGUUAGGGGAAGCGAACCUGCUUUUGGUCCUGUGGGGGUUUAACAGAACUGCUGUGCAAUAAAUGCAAACAAAAGAGGAUUUUUUUUUUUAUUAUUCCAAGGAGACUCAAACUUUGGGACUACAUUUGAACAGUAUUACUCCUCAAGUAAGACUUGCUUCCUGAUAGCACAAGGUGUUUCUUGUGGGUAUGUCUUGUACAGUAUGUGUACUGCUCAUCGGCACAGUUCCCCAGGACCUUCCAAUCGAGUUCAGAAGCUCUCUGGAGCCGCGAUGGAUCUUUAAAGGCUUGUGAAUUGAUCAGAGAGCCGCUUCGUCCUGAGGCCUGCUGCCACCGCACUAUGUGGAAUAACUGAUGUUCUUCACAUCUCCCCACUCCCUCCCUCCUUCAUCAUCAUCAUCACCGCCAUCAGUUACCCAUCAGAGCAUGCACAAAUCAGAUUUCAAGGGCGUCCACUUGAAUUGUGCCGGAAGGAUCGUAUUGGUUUCCUGCCACGACUCACAUCAUUUUAAAAACUGUCAUUGUGCUCCGUGUGGAUUCAUUAGAAUUUUUUAAAAAUGUGAGAUUUUUAUGUAAUGCACAGUGGAAGCAUUCUCAGUGUUUUACUGUCUGUUUGUUGGCGAACCUCCACAUGAUUUAUGCGCUGCUGAAGCUUUGUGGUCUUAACCAAUCAAGCCGGAUUGUAAACCAUGUGGUGGGCAGGUCUAUCAUUACAGAACAUUUACUGCAGUGUGUUGUAAAUAAAAACAAAAGAUGAAAUGUC